CAACGAACUACAAGGAAUCUCAUUGAAAAAAGGACAGCAAGACACAUGGAUGUGGAAACACAGUUGAGAGGGCAAGUACUCAGUGCAAACAGCAUACAAAUACUUAAGCCAACAACACACUGCAGAAUCCCAACAAAGGACAACUUGAUGAAGCGGGGAAUGAAUGGCCAAGGAAAUGAAAAAUGUGUGCUGUGUGAUCUAGAAGCAGAAAGCGUGGAACAUCUUUUCUUCAAGUGUAACGUAUCAUGGAGCAUUUGGGCAUCAUGCUAUGGCUGGUGGGAUCUCAAAGUAGCUGCCCACAGUAAAGGAUGGCCCCAUCUUGAGCAACACAUUGGCAUGAUAUCCACAGGUCUUGUAAAGGAAAUGUGGACUGUUGUUUGGUUUGCAACUAUGUGGUCUAUUUGGAUUUGGCGAAACCAGAAAAUAUUUAAAGAUGGAGCUGACACUAGGGAGCAGGUUGUUGAGCUGAUAAAGUUUAGAUCAUUUUACUGGUGCAAAACAGCAUUAUGCCUAGACCUUGUGCAAGACAAAUGGCGUUCAAAACCAACAGAAGGCUACAUGAGAAUGCAGCAACGAGUUUGAGAUUAUUCAACACUCAAUGGACAUCACGGAAGAAGGUUUGAUGACGGUAGAAAUAUGAUGGAUUUUCACCCUUAAAGGCAAAUAAAUGUUUUGAAAACAUGUGUUUGAUUACUUUCUGUUGUUGUAGGCUUCGGUCAUAUUUCCAAGAGCUUUUGCUAUGAAUGGAACUUUAUGUUUUAGUAAUGUAAUGGAUUUUGAGUACAUCCUGUACUCCAUGAAUAAUAUAUUUACUUUGCUGAU